AUGAGCGACGAGUCCGUCCUGGUGGAUGUGCGGAACCUCUCGGGACGACAAGUGGGCAUCGCCCGCUUGCCCUGGGAAGCGCCGGUGAAGGCCUUGCGAGAGCAGAUCAAGCGCUGGCGCCGGGGAUUGGUCGAAGGGGCCUUUGAAGAUCCCGAGAUGUCGCUCCUGGCGGGGAUCUGCGUCUUGGACGAUCGGCAACCCUUGUACAACUACUGGACCUUCUCCGAACCACUCUUGGUCACCUUGGUGACUGGCGAAAGUGCGGAGAUUAUGGUUCAGUAUGGUCAGGAGAACAUCGCUAUGUCUGUGUCCUCAUGGACGACCGCCGGUCUCGUGAAGGACCAAGUGUGCGAAGAUUUUGGCUUAGACACUGCCUCAGCAGUGCUGAGCCUGGUCCUGCCAUUGGAAGUGCGACCAUUGGUGGAUACCGAACUCUUGUUGUCCUCUGGCUACGUCCCAGGUAGCUUCUUCCGCCUCACAGUGCACUACCUCGCGCUCUUUUUCGGUGUCUUGAAUGCCUUGAGCGGUCUUCAACCAAGUCUGCUGGGACCGCGAAGGGAACUGUCGAAGCUCUUGGGCUUUGGACGCCAGGGAGAUGUGAAGAGUGGUGGCUUCCUGAACGCCGCGGGCUUCUAUUUGGUGCUGGCAUAUCAAACUCUGCGCGCUGUCAUGCCUGAGUUGGCGCUUUUCGACCCCAUCGUCGGAUUUAUCACCAUGACGCUGGUGUGUCACCAGGCCUACAUCCUGAACCGCUGGGUGGCCAGCGGGCAGAUGCACAGGGUGGAUGCCUUUCUAGUGCCUGGCAUCUUCAAUUUGCCUGUAUCGUUGCACUUGGCUGGUGGCAGCAGUCAGGUCUGGUGGGAAAACCUUUGCAGCCAAUAUGCUGCAUGGCCAGAGUUCUUCUUCUCUGGCAACUUUGCUAUCGCAUGGGCUUGUGCCAUGGUCACGCUGGUCCUGUCUUUGGGUGAGAGGCGGGUCAUCAGUUUGGAACUGCGAAGCAUGCUGAUGCUUGCUUUGCCAGCGCUGGUCUUCUCGACCGUCUUUCUGAGAGCGUCGGUUUUGCUGCCACAUGCGCUUGACGAGAACCUGUGGCUAUUGCUCACGCUCAACCCGUAG